GAGCACUGGCUUCCGUGCCGUGGAUACCGCUGCCCAACCCAAGCACUACCGGGAGGAUUUAGUCGGAGAGGGCAUUCGCAGGGCCCUCAACGAUGGCGCCAUCCAGCGCAAAGAUCUCCAUGUAGGUCCCGUCAUUACACCCUUGUGGAAUCUCAAUUUCCCGGACAAGCAUACCCUGCUGCAUCAUGAUGCAUGACCCCCCGGUGGCUAAGCCAGGUUUUAGGUCCAGACCAAAUUCACUUCCGUCCGGGGCCAGGACCCCAAGGAUAUGCCCUACGAUCCGAAGGCGUCCGUGACCGAGCAGGUCCAUGCCUCGAUUCGUUCAUCGCUGCAUAAUCUGCGUCCGGCCGAGGCGCCGGAAAGUGCGGAUGAGGCGUACAUUGAUAUGCUUAUCCUCCAUUCCCCACUGCCCACCAUGGCGCAGACGCUGGAGGCCUGGCGGACCUUUGAGACGUACGUCCCGCACCGCAUUCGCAACCUGGGGAUCUCGAACACCGACCUGUCGGUUCUGGAGGAGUUGUUCACCCAAGUGCAGGUGAAGCCGUCGGUGGUGCAGAAUCGGUUCUACGCCGACACGGAGUAUGAUGUCGCGCUGCGCGCCUUCUGUCGGGAGCAGCACAUCGUCUACCAGAGCUUCUGGACACUGACGGCGAACCCUGAUCUCGUGCAUUCAAACGCCGUGCAGUCAUUGGCCCAGCGGGCAGAGCUCUCCCCGGCGACAGCCCUCUACUGUCUGGUCUUGGGCCUAGGGUAUACCACGGUGUUGGAUGGAACCACCAACACGGCUCGCAUGAAAGAGGAUUUGGCUGCUCUCACGAAGAUCGAGCGAUUUUCUGGUGCUUCGCCAGAGGUGUGGCAGGAAAUCCUGGCAGAGUUCCGACGAACAAUCGGGGAAUAAGCCAUGGCAUUGGCUGAGAAGGUUUAGACUAUCCUUUCUACCGUUGUGUCAAUGGGGAUAAAAGAAGGAAACACGCGACAAAGUGUGGAGGUUGUCUCGUACUUCCGGCGGAAUCUCGGUCCUGGCCCGUUUGUUCUUGGCUAUGCCCUCUUUUGGCUGCUGUUUGCUCUUUCCGUCCCUCUGCGGCCCUCUUUCCCCAGCCAAGUAGCAUGGGAGCAAAAAUUUGACCAGCCAGAACUCCAUCGAAGCCGCUUGAAACAUCUGGAGGGCCAAUAGUUCUGGGGAUCACGGCCAUCUGGAUGCCGAACAAGGUCGCGGCUACUGUUGAUAGUAGACGAUGAUUGGAUAGGAGGCAGAAGUGGAGAGCGUACCGGUCCAAGGCACGGCCGAACUAGUGCUUAGACAGCCUCAAACUGUUCAUUUGUAGUAGUAUACCAGUCAACUAAAC